AUGGCUGAGGAGACCCAGGUAGAGAAGCAGGUUGAGGAGACCACCAUUGUCAAGCCGGUCGACGUGGAGCCCGAAAACCUCAAGGACGCUAUCCGCAUCGUUGUCCGCAAGUCUCUCGAGGUGAACGGCCUCGUCCGCGGCCUCUCGGAGGUCGCCCGCGCUCUCGACCGCCGCACGGCACACAUGUGCCUUCUCGCCGCGGACUGUGAGGAUGAGGAGUACAAGAAGCUCAUAAAGGCGCUCGCCAGCCAGUCGAACAUCGACUUCGUGGAGGUCGAUUCGCGCGAGGAGCUUGCGGAAUGGGCUGGUCUUCAGAAGCACAAGAGCGACGGCAGCGUCAAGACCUUCAAAUGCUCAUGUGUGGCCAUUCGCAACUUCGGCGAGCCCACCAGGGCACUUGACAUGCUGCUGAGCCAGCUCGGCAACUAA